CAAAGGAGAACACCGAAGCUUCUACCACAGUGGUCCAAUCAGCGACCGCACCCAGCCCACUGCAAAGGAAGAAACACGGUAGAUGCUGCAGUGUUGUUGGUGAUACAUGCAUUUUUUUGAGGUUUUGUUAAAUAACCUCAACGUAAGAUAGUAGCAGAGGUUUUUACGCUUGCUGUGUUUUUAAUAGUAUUGUCCUCAUCUUCAGGAUCCAUGUCUUUUUUGCGUUGGGUGUCAGAGAAACUCAGUGUGGAAAGCCUGAGGGAUCUGGAUCUAUUUGGAGAGCAAAUUCAGGCAAGCCCACUAAGGAAAGCCCAUGAGGACAGUGAAGAGUCUCUGAACCCUCUUCCACACAGGGACACCAUGGAAAGCUUUGUACCAGACAGCAGCGCUUAUGAGUUGCUCACCGUCAUAGGUCGGGGUUUGGAGGACUUAAUGACGGUAAACCUGUCCAUAUACAAACCUACGAGGCAGCAUGUGGCUAUCCGACGUAUUGACCUGGACUCCUGUACCAAUGACAUGGUCAAUUACUUACAGGGUGAACUCCAUGUCUCCAAACUGUUCCACCACCCCUGCAUUCUCCCAUACAGAAGUGUCUUUAUUGCUGAGAAUGAACUGUGGGUGAUCACGCCCUUCAUGGCCUAUGGAUCAGCACGAGACUUAAUCAGCACGCAUUUUACUGAUGGUUUGAGUGAACCGACAAUUGCUUAUAUACUGCUGGGUGUUCUGAGAGCAUUGGAGUAUAUACAUCAGAUGGGCUAUGUUCACCGGAGUGUGAAGGCAAGUCACAUCCUUAUUUCAGCAGAUGGACAUGUGUAUCUGUCUGGUCUUAGAAGUAUCUUUAGCUUGAUCCGUCAUGGUCAGAGAGCACGUGUUGUCCAUGAUUUCCCCCAGUACAGUGUUAAAGUAUUACCUUGGCUCAGUCCAGAGGUUUUGCAGCAGAAUCUUCAGGGGUAUGACUUCCGUUCGGAUAUUUACAGUUUGGGAAUCACUGCAUGUGAGCUAGCUAAUGGACACGUGCCCUUUAAGGACAUGCCUGCAACGCAGAUGUUGUUAGAAAAAUUGAAUGGUACAGUGCCCUGCCUGUUAGACACCACCACCAUCCCACCUGAAGAACUAAGCAUGAAGCCAUCUCGCUCAGGGGCUGACUCUGGGAUCUGCGAGGGCGGCCCUGCUGCUGGUGGAGCUCGCCACACUAAUGGAGAGCCCUCGUCAGCUUCAGGGGGAAAUCCUUACAGCCGCACCUUCAGCUCACACUUUCAUGGCUUUGUGGAACUUUGUCUACAGAGAGACCCUGAGAAAAGACCUUCUGCCAGCACUCUGAUAGGCCAUUCCUUCUUCAAACAGAUAAAGCGCAGACCAUCCGAGGCUCUUCCUGAGCUCCUGCGUCCAGUUUCACCGAUUAACAGCAUACAGUGCAUCCAACCUCAGGACUCCCCUACUGGGCUGGCUAGCCUGGAGUCUGACCUCAGCCAGCUGGAUGUUGAUGACUGGGACUUCUGACACUGAAUGGAUAUUAUGAUUUGAUAAAAAGGGCUUUGAGGACUCUUGAAAUGAAAAGCUUUCUGUUUGAAACUGGGAAAUUUGGAUUAAGGAAGAGAAAAGGAAAGGCUUGUGCUAAUGUGAAUGUGUUAUAUUCAUUUUAACCAAAUUAUUUUCAAAGAUGCUAUAAGAGACUCUGAAAUGUGUCUUGUUGUACUUGUGAUUUGUGUAUAUCACUAAAACUACAAGACUAUUUUAUACAGAGGAAUUAAACGCCAGCAGCUGCCAUAGCCUUGCUAAGGCAUUUAGACUGAAAGAUGCAUGAACUUGAAAGCCUGAGGCAUGCGCACCUCACUCAUGCCCACAUUUUGGUUAUUUUUUCAGACUUGCCAUGUUACAAUGGCGAUCACUUGAGGCUACUAAAACAUGUUUCGACUAACUUAACAAAACUUAAUGAAUGUCUGCUGUGAAACGUGCAGCAAUACAGUGUUCAAAACCGAUCAAGUAAAAUCACUGUAUUAGCCCAAUGCCACAUACAAUAAACCCAGAUUGAAAUGGGUACAAUGGGUGUAGCAUUGUUCAGUCAACAUGGGGGUUGAAUUUGUUCGAUUUUGUGCGGUCGCCUAUUUAUUAAUAUCAAUUCUGUUGUAUUUUUGCUAAAAUUCAUAGCUGUUCUUGGCAUGUGUUACAAAAAGAAGUACUUCAACUUACAAGUCUGUAUAUUUUGAGAAUAUUUACCAACUGGUCAAAUAAAAUGUUACAAUUGUAAAGAUGUCA